CAGAGGACCGGUGCUUGGCUUUGAGAGUCAAAAUACCUUUUACGCAGUGUCAAACUUGGUAGGAUCCUUAAAGUAAGAAGUUGGUCACUCACUGCUAAUUACUUUUCCUUGUGUUCCACAUCAACAAGAAGCAAUAUUCAAAAACCUUACCCAACUCGAUAUCUAUAUAUAUGUCAUAUCAACGAUCCAUGAGGCUUCCUUCCUGUUUACACUGCCGUGCCAUUUGUAUGAUCCAAUAGAUUUUGCAUCAAAUCCCUUUUCUUUACAAAUCUCACCUCUUCCCCUUUCUUUCCAUGUCCUAAUAUUCGUAUAUAUGUGUGUGUGUGUGUGAACGUGUGUGGAUAUAUAUAUAUAUAUAUAUAAAUACAAGUCAUCUGAAAGGUGUGGAAGAGAGGGAGGGAAAUGGGAUUAUGGACAAUGCCCAGAAGAGUUCUGGCGCUUUGGUCUGCAAUAAUGGGUUUGGCCAGUUUGAUCCCAUUUCAUGUCUCCGGCGACCUGCCUAAUUAUCCCUACCAAAUGCGAAAAAUGCAGUCUUCUUCCAUGGCGUCUUUUAUCCGCCACGACUCUGUCUCUCUCCCGCCGGCUUCGUCUCCCGGCUUCGCUCCGUUGCCGCCGGUGAGUCCGAGUCCACGCGUGUAUCACGUGACGUCGUACGGGGCCGACGCGACGGGGAAGACGGACAGCACGGCGGCGCUGGAGGAAGCAAUCGCCCACGCUUUCGAAUCGGGGAAGGAUGAUGGGUUCUUGAUGAAAGGGAUUCUGAGUCUUGGGGGUGCACAGAUUCAUCUGGAGGGCGGCACGUACACCAUCAGCCGGCCCCUCCGGCUGCCGGCGGCCGGCCGAGGUAACUUCAUGAUACAUGGAGGAACAUUGAAAGCAUCAGAAGAUUUUCCGGGGGAUGGGUAUCUGAUCGACCUAUCGGCUCCGUCUUCUUCUUCCAACGAGGCGGCGUAUAACUUCGAGUACAUAACACUCAGAGAUCUAAUGCUAGAUUCCAACUUCAGAGGCGGCGGAAUCCAAGUCAUCAACUCACUUAGAACCUCCAUUGACAACUGCUACAUCUCCCAUUUCACCACCAACGGGAUCCUCGUCCAGUCCGGUCACGAGACCUACAUCCGCUACUCCUUCCUAGGCCAACACAUCACCGCCGGCGGAGACCCCGGAGAGCGCGACUUCUCCGCCACCGCCAUCAACCUCAUGGGCAACGACAACGCCGUCACCGACGUCGUCAUCUUCUCCGCCGCCGUCGGAAUCAUGGUCUCCGGCCAGGCCAACAUCAUCUCCGGAGUCCAUUGUUACAACAAAGCCACCGGCUUCGGCGGCACCGGGAUCUACCUCAAGCUGCCGGGCUUGACCCAAACCCGGAUCGUGAAUUCCUAUUUCGACUACACCGGCAUCGUCGCCGAAGACCCCGUCCAGCUCCACAUCUCCGGCAGCUUCUUCCUCGGCGACGCCUUCGUGCUCUUCAAGUCCGUCAACGGCGUCAUCAAUGGCGUUAACGUCGUAGACAACAUGUUCAGCGGCUCCGGCAAGGGGACGGCGAUUGUUCAGUUGGAUCAGAGUAAUGGAGCAUUCAAAGACGUCGAUCAGCUGGUUAUUGAUCGGAACAAUGUAAAGGGGAUGAACCUUAAGGCGACGGCGGCGAGAGGGUCGGUUCAGGGGAACGGGAGCUCGUGGGAAGUCGACUUCAACCAGGUUUUGCUAUUUCCAAACCUCAUAAAAAACGUCCAAUACAGCUUGAGAACAACCGGCGACGGCUUCCCUAACCAUGCGCUGCGAAAUGUGUCUGCAAAUCGCGUGGUGAUCGAGUCCGAUUUGACCGUUCCUGCUACCGUUUUCGUCACGGUGGAUCAAUGACCAGCUUCUGACUGGCGACUGGCUGUGGCUAGUUAAUAUAUAUGUUCUUUCUUUCUUAAUUUCUUAGUUAAUUUUCUCUGAGAAAAUCAUUGAAACCAGAGAAUUCAGCAUACAAGUCGCCAUGAACGUGACAACCCACAAUAUAUAAAUUAAAGCAACUGUAAAAACGUGUUCUAACUUCAAUUGCAACAUAUACUAAUUGUCCAUGAAAACGAUUGUUUCUUAGGAAAUUAAUGGAGCCUUGGAGACCAUAUAUAUUAUGUUAAACUA